AUCGAACACGAACUGUUAUCGUGACAACGCGACCACGAAUCUUCGCCUUCAAGUGUGGCCGUAGCAUUAGAGAAAGAUAUACUGUUUAUCAUUUUACUUCUUACAUCUAAGUUUUUUGUAUAAAGCAUAUUGCUCAGUAGCUCACUACUUAAUUCCAAUAAUUCGAGAUUCAUCCCAAGACGUUCGCCAGAUAGGGGUAGAGGUCGUGAGUAGUCAAAAGUGUGAAGAAAAUCCUGCAAAAGUUGCAAACAAAUCUGGAUCAAUGGAUUGGAAAUUCAUGAAGUAGGGAACAUGGCAGACGGGAUGUCAAUGGCUCAUUUCAGUGAAGUUGUUUAUUUGUCCGUUGUUAGUCUGUGAAUGCUUACAAGUUCAGCGACAGCGUGGUGACAGCUACAAGAUGACGUGACCGAUGACGUGACCGAUGACGUUUGAGGUUUUGAAGAAUAUCGAUUAUUUUAAACAAUUUGGGUUUUUUGCUUUUGGCGUAUUUUCAUUUUCGGUUUCCAAAAAGUAUACACAACCGUUGUAUGUAUGACACGUAGUUAAGUGAGCGAAAAUAAAAUUUAGUUUUCAACAAGAUGACUUCGUUGGACGGCGAAAAAACGCCGAAAAAUGAAAAAUCCGUAAAUGUUGACAUCAAAAAGAAUGAUGCGAAUGCCACGUCCAAUAGAAUGCAACCGCAAUUAGGAGAAAUAGCAAUAGAAGCCUCUGAAAUUGUUAGCCGCCUAGAACAAGUUGCUGAAGGAAAACAAAUUCAAGAUAGCGCUUACAAUCAAUCCACUGUAUUCUUAGGACUAGAAAAAAAGCAUACAGAUGAAAUAAUAAAAGUAAUACACAGUCUUAUUAGUGUAGACGAUGAAGGAGAACCAUUGGUCUUUUUGUCACUAGACAGUGUUACAAAAUUAGUAAUGGUUUCACAUAGUCUCGCUGCAUUUUGUGGUGGUCUAGAGCGGCCAAUUGUACAGAAGCUAAGCACAAGGUUUACAACAGAUACGACCAGGUGGAUUAGCCAAAUCUUUGGGUUCUAUGAUUGUUCUGCAUUUUACCAUGAUGACCUUCUAGAGGGAUUAUUCAGGGUAACAAGGAUGAUGCUGCACUAUAAAUACCCUAGAUAUUUAGAAGAUGGAGCAUUAGCUUUUGCAAAUUCAUUGCCAAUGAUUUAUAGUAGCGUGGCCAGUCCCUUAGUUGUUGCCCAGCAUUUAUGUAGGCAGCUGGGUUUACCUUUUGCCUGCAUUAGGCCUGUCCCUGUUAAUACACAUUUUGGUUCCCAAUAUAUAAUGGACGUUUCUGCUUUACAAAAAAUGUUGGCUGAUGAUGUAGCCACUGGUCGCACGCCACUUUUGGUUAUAGCAGAUGCUGGCACGUCUAUUACAGGGCAUGUUGACAAUAUUUCUAGGAUUAAUGAGUUAUGUAAGGUACAUGGAGCUUGGCUUCAUGUAAGAGGACAUACCUUAGCAGCUUUGGCAUUACCAAACCACCAAAGGAAUGGCCCAAUUCCACCCAUUGCAGAUAGUUUCACACUAAUGUUAGGAAGUUGGUUAGGCAUUCCUGGUUUGCCAAUGGUUACCCUAUACCGAGUAUGGGACUCUUCGAAUCCAAACAGAAGUAAACAAGUCGGCGUAACUCGCGAAAGCACUCUGCCUGUCUUGGCAGGUUUGAACACUGACCAUCAAAGCAGGAAGAUCAUAACAUUGCCUUUGUGGGCUGCCUUGCAAAGUCUUGGCAAGGAAGGCGUACAUACUAGGAUCAGGGAGGAUUUUUUGGCCGGCGAGAGGCUUUGGGCUGCCUUGGAUGUGUUCAAGCAUGUGAGAGUACUGAGCCCGAAACCUGGAGGAGAAAGCGGAAAAUAUACUGUGUCGGAGUUAAUAUCAAAGCCAGUGACUAUACCAUUAUUGUUCGAGUCAACAGCAUGUUGCGUAGUUUUCCAAUUCACGCCGGAAUUGACCGAGGGAGAAAUCCUCACCAAAAAUCCACAAAACUACGAUAAAAUGAACACCUGGUUAGGGCAAACUCUACAACUGGACGCUCCCGAAGUGCCCAUUGACAUAUGCGAGCUGGAACAUGUAGGAGUGGUCUUGCGGUUCUGUCCAUUUGAGAAUUCGUGUGGUCAACAACCCAGUCCUGAGGAGAUUCAGUCAUUUGUGGAAUGUUUGGAACAGCAACUUGUCAUUUUUAAGGCAACCAUGCAUCACAAAGAGUCGUUUGUUAAGUUGGUGGAGGCGUCGCCGGUUUUGAAGCUUGUGGAAUUGGCAGACUGGAUGGGCAUGGGCGGCGUACGGUACUGCCCCGAAGGCUGGGAGCAACUCCUAACAGACCAAGCCAAGGAGGAACUGAACCAUCUGAACAUGGCGCUCGUUGAUUCGUUGAGAUCGAUCGAUUCUGCAUUUUCAUUGGGCGAAGACGCAGAUGGGUUGAUGUGCGUCCGGUUCGGGAUGUUGACGCCUCAGAGUGACGUGGAGAAACUGUUGGAGAUGGUCGUGAGGGUGGGAUUGUCGGUGGAGGAGAGCUCAUGUGUGCUGGAUUCAAUGAGCGAGAUAGUCAAAAAGGGAAUAGAAACAGCCACCUUAGACCUCCAAAAAGAGAACGAAGAGAAGCUUUGGCAAGAGGGCAUCGUCAGGCACAUUCCGAUAGUGGGUAGUUUCGUCAACUGGUGGUCGCCGAAGACUAAAGAGACCGGCAUCCGGGGCAGGAGUUUGAAUUUGACACAGGGCGUGGUCGAAUCCACGGAGAACAUUUAUAAAUAUCACAUGCAGAUGCAAUCGGGGCAGGCGACAGGGGCUAAGACUCCGCCUACACCACAAGUGCAGACGCCUAUUGGUGGAAGCCAUUCCAGAUCAAGUAGCCAUGCCUCAGCCUCCAGUCAAUUGUCAAAACCUGAAGGAGAAUCCAAGGUCACAAAAGAGAGUUUGGACAAAAUCCAGUCAAAGAAGGAAUCGUCAGAGACUGACAAAGAUAAGGCUGUCAAACCUUAACUAUAUUAUUUGCUAGUGAUUUAAUAUAAAUGUUAUCCAGGGCUGUAUUCCGAAAAAAGCCAUUAUGUUUUUCUUCCUAUGUUGAACAAUUAUUGUAUAUACCUACAUGCUUUCCAUUAUUUCAGGUAUAAGUAUUAUAUAUACGUACAUGUGGUUUACUUAUUUUUCAAAAAUUCAGUAUUUUAUUAUAGGUAUUAUUUAUUUGAAUAGAUUAUGAUUACCAAAGAAGCUUGUGAAGCUUGCUAUUUGCAAUAAAUUUUAAUCUUGUGUUAA